AUGGCACACCGGAACUUGCUUUCUGCCAUGUACGGCGAUGGCACAGUGCCAAAAAGCCCCGACAAGGGCAACACCAACGAGGGUAGUCCCGACAAGGGCAGUCCCAGCAAGGGAAGCCCUAGCACCAGCACGGGCAGCGCCAGUGAAGCUCCCAGUAAGGGCACCACCAGCGAAGCUCCCAGCAUGCAGGUGGCGACGGAGGUGGCGGUGGGAGGGCUGCGGCUGACCUUCAGCAAGCAGCGCUGCGUGAGCGUGCCCAAGAAGGCUGCGAGGCAGCGGAACGUGAAGGUCUGGUGGCAAGGCCGUGCAGGCUCCAGCAACGGGGGCUCGGGCUACGGAGGCUACGGUGGGCAUUCGAGCUACGGUGGUCCGGGCAGCAAGGCGCGGGGCGUUCCGGGUGUUGCGUGCGAGCAGAUCCAGUUCUUUGGGGGAAGUGGCUGCCAGGGCAAGGAGGUGGACAGCAUGGUCAACCCGGGGACUACUGCUGCAGCCAAGGUCCCAAGCAGUGAGAAGAAGAUCAGCAAGUGGGCUUCAGUGGCUUCAGUGGCCUCUGUUCUCUGCAACACUGGUGCGUCCUGUGCUGACCCCGUGAGUUGA